AUGUCUCCACUUUUGAAAUGCAUCUUUGAUAUAACUGAAACUUUCAAUCAAUAUGCCUCACAUGAUUGUGAUGGAGCAGCACUAAGCAAGAAAGACCUAAAGAACCUCCUUGAAAGAGAAUUUGGAGAUGUCCUCCGGAGGCCCCACGACCCUGAGACAGUAGACAUGACUCUGCAACUCCUGGACCGGGACUGUAAUGGGGUAGUCGACUUCAAAGAGUUCCUCCUGUUCAUUUUCAAGGUAGCUCAAGCUUGUUACUAUGCCCUCAACCAGGCCGCAGGGCUAGAGGAACAGCGAGUCAGGGGUGAGGAAAGGGAGACCCCAUCCCAAAGCCGCAGGAGAGAAGAACAAAGGCUAAUAGAAGCUCGGGACAGACGACUGGAAGAACCCAGGCAGGCUUGGAGAGAACAAGAAUUGGCCCGACAAGAGAGGAGAGAGACACGAGAGAGAACAGAGCAGCUGGACAGACAGCGUGGUGAGGAGCUGAGGUGGCAGAGGCGUGAAGGCCAAGUGCAUCCUGAGGAGGAGGAGGUUACUCAGCAGAGACGCCAAGGCUGGGAGCAGGAGUUUCUGGAAGAUGAGGUGCAAAGGCGAGAGAGAGUGGCGCAGAGCGAAAGGCGGGAACGCCUGAGACAAGAGCAGCUUGAGCGCCAGGAAGAGAGAAGGCAAAGAAGGGAGCAGCGCCUCAGUGAGCUCCAGGAAGAAGAGGAAAUGGAGAGGAGGCUCCAAAGAGAAAGGCUGGAGCAGAGGGAGCGUGGAACGAGAAAGGGAGGCCGCCUUGAGCAGGAGCCCAGGCGCAGGGAGCAGGAAAGGCGUGAAGAGGAGCUGAGGCGUGAUGAGGAGCCAAGGCCCAAGGGAGAAAGGCGCCAGGAAGAGAGGCAAGAGCAGGAGCUGAGGCGCGGACUCCAAGAGGAGAGGCGAGAACAGGAGCUGAGGCGUCAAGAAGAGAGACGUGAGCAGGAGCUGAGGAGAGAGCAGGAGCCUAGGCGUCAAGAGCAAAGGCGGGAACAAGAACUGAGGAGAGAGCAGGUGCCAAGGCGUCAGGAGAAUAGGAGGGAACAAGAGCUGAGGCGCGAAGUUGAAGAGGAAAGGCGCGACCUGGAGGAGCUGAGGAGAGAGCAGGAGCCUAGGCGUCAAGAACAAAGGCGCGAGAGGCGCGAACAAGAGCUGAGGAGAGAGCAGGUGCCAAGGCGUCAGGAGAAUAGGAGGGAACAAGAGCUGAGGCGCGAAGUCGAAGAGGAAAGGCGCAAACUGGAGGAGCUGAGGAGAGAGCAAGAGCCGAGGCGUCAAGAGCAAAGGCGCGAACAAGAGCUGAGGAGAGAGCAGGUGCCAAGGCGUCAGGAGAAUAGGAGAGAACAAGAGCUGAGGCGCGAUCAAGAGCUGAGGCGCGAAGUCGAAGAGGAAAGGCGCGACCUGGAGGAGCUGAGGAGAGAGCGGGAGCCCAGACGUCAAGAGAAAAGGCGGGAACAAGAGCUGAGGCGCGAAGUCGAAGAGGAAAGGCGCGACCUGGAGGAGCUGAGGAGAGAACAGGAGCCAAGGCGUCAAGAGAAAAGGCGGGAACAAGAACUGAGGCGCGAACAAGAGCUGAGGCGCGAAGUCGAAGAGGAAAGGCGCGACCUGGAGGAGCUGAGGAGAGAGCAGGAGCCUAGGCGUCAAGAACAAAGGCGCGAGAGGCGCGAACAAGAGCUGAGGAGAGAGCAGGUGCCAAGGCGUCAGGAGAAUAGGAGGGAACAAGAGCUGAGGCGCGAAGUCGAAGAGGAAAGGCGCGAACUGGAAGAGCUGAGGCGAGAUCAGGAGCAGAGGCGCAAACAAGAGCUGAGGCGUGAGCAGGAGCCUGUGGAGGAGGAGGUUCGUGAGCCUGUUGAGCGUCGUGCCCCAAGAUGGCAGUGGCAGCUCGAGAGCGAGGUCGAGGCUCGCCAGAGCAAAGUCUACUCCAGGCCUUGCCGUCAGGAGGAGCAGAGCACACGCCAGAGGCAUGAGGAGGAAGUGCAGCAGGUGCAGCAGCAGCAGCGCGAGGAGCAGCAGAGGCGUCGAGAGCUUGAGGAGCGUGCACGCCAAGUGGAAGAGGAGAGGCAGCGUGACUUCUUCAAGUGGCAGUGGGAAGCUGAGGAGGAGAGCCAGCGCCGACGCCAGAGGCUGCUGGCCAGGCCACAGUCUCAGCAGCUGAGGCAGGAGCGCCUGCAGCGGGAACAAGCUGAGGAGCAGGAGCAGGAGGCACAGGGCCUCAACCGCCGGGAGCAGGAGCGGGAACUGCAGUUCCUUGAGGAGGAGGAAGAGCAGCAGGUCCAGCGACUGGAGCGCGCCCGUCAGGUGCAAGAGGAAGAGAGAUUCCAAGAGGAACGCCAGAGAAGGCGACAACUGGAGGCUGAGCUGCGGCGGCGGCAGGACAGCCAGCGACUCUUCAGGGAAGAGGCCCCAAGGGAUGUGAAAUGGCAGUGGCAGCCUGAGAAAGAAAAGGAAGCUCGUGAAAACCGGCUCUAUGCCAAACUCAGGGAGAAUGAAGAGACCACCCGGCGGCUGAAGGAUCUGCAGGCCCGGGAGAGACAGCUCCUGCAGGAAGAGCGAAGAGGUGAGAGGGAGAGGGAAGAGCUUCAACGGGAAGCCCAACGCAGAGACAGGGAGUUCCAGGAAGAAGAACAGCUGCGGAGGGAGGAAAGAGAAGAGAGAGGCCGCAGGGAGAUCAUUGAGGACAGACAGUUCCUUCAGGAGGACAGGGAACCAGAGCAGCAGCUGCGCCGCCAGGAGAGUGACAGAAGAUUCCGUGAAGAGGAGCAACUUCUGGAACGUGAAGAGCAACAGCUGCGACGCCAGGAGCGCCAGGUGAAAAGGCAGGUGCGCCGUCAGGAGCAUGACAGUAGGUUAGGUGAGGAGGAACAACUUCAGGAACGUGAGGUGCAGCAGCUGCAACAGGAACAAAGAGAACAACUAGGCCAGGAGCGUGGCAGGAGGUUCCGUGAGGAGGAACAACUACUUCGGGAAAGGGAGGAACAGCUGCUGAGGCGAGAACGUGAAGAACAGCUUCGCCAGGAGCGCGACAGAAGGUUCCAUGAAGAGGAACAACUUCUGGAACGUGAAGAGCAACAGGUGCGUCGCCAAGAGCGCCAGGCGGAACAGCAGGUGCGCCAUCAGGAGCGUGACAGAAGGUUCGGUGAGGAGGAACAACUACUUCGGGAAAGGGAGGAACAGCUGCUGAGGCGAGAACGUGAAGAACAACUUCGCCAGGAGCGUGACAGAAGGUUCCGUGAGGAGGAACAACUACUUCAGGAACGUGAGGAACAGCUGCUAAGGCGAGAACGUGAAGAACAACUUCGCCAGGAGCGUGACAGAAGAUUCCGUGAGGAGGAACAACUACUUCGGGAACGUGAGGAACAGCGACUGAGACAGGAACAGAGAGAACAACUUCGCCAGGAGCGUGACAGAAGAUUCCGUGAGGAGGAACAACUUCAGGAACGCGAGGUGCAGCGACUGCGACAGCAACAGAGAGAACAGCUAGGCCAAGAGCAUGACAGAAGGUUCCGUGAGGAGGAACAACUACUUCAAGAACGUGAGGAACAGCUGCUGAGGCGAGAACGUGAAGAACAACGUCGCCAGGAGCGUGACAGAAGGUCCCGUGAGGAAAGGCAGCGCGACAGAAAGUCCUGGGAGGAUGAGCAACUCCUUGAGGAACGCGAAGAGCAGCAGCGCAGACAGGAGCGUGACAGAAGAUUCCGUGAGGAGGAACAGCAAGUGUCCCGCCAAGUGCUGCAGCGAGAGGAGCAAGGCCUGAGGCGCAGGCAGGAGCCAAAGCAGCUCUUUGAGGAGGAGGCGAAGCCGUUUGUCAGGGAGAGAAGGAGCAGACAGGAGCAAGCACUGCGGCAGGAUGAGAGGGAUUUCAGAGAAGAGCGACGAGGCCUAGAGCAGGAGGAAGAGCAGAGGCGCCGCCCAGAGCGAGAGCCAAGCCAAGACCUAGUCAGGGAGAGAAGAGCUCAGGAAGACCAAAUCCGCCGUCAGGCUCUGGAAUCUGGCAAGCGUCAGUUUGCCAGUGUCCCUGUGCGUUCCAGCCCUCUCUAUGAGUACAUCCAAGAGCAGAGAUCUCAAUACCGCCCUUAA